AAAACCCUAAAACUUUCCUUGGUCUUCGUUGGGAGUUGGCGACACGGUGUUCAAUACCGCUCAGAGCUGCGUAUAAGACUGCUUUGGGCCUUGAUUGAUUUGGCUGUUUUCUGAGACUAGAGAAAGAAAACAUGAGGAUCCGUGGAUUAUGCUACAUCACCUGUGCUAUAGCGAGUGCAGUGGCGCUCGUGGGCGCUGUGGAGGCCGACAGCAACGGCAUGAUCUGUCCUGACGACGGCAGCGGAGCCUGCUACUCGCAAGAGUUUGUGCCGACCGAGGAGUUCCAGCAAGUCAAGCCCGGCCAGAAUCUCCCUCCAGGUGUGCAUGUGCGCUUGAAUUUCGAGACCGGUGUCCGCGAAGCAAAGCUGCUGGCACCCGAGGGCGCAGACGAUGACGAGGACUCUACCGCUGUCGUGGUAGUUCCGGGCGGUGAAUCAGUCACAGUUGAGACGUCAGAAGAAGACGACGCAGGAGCUAGUCAAGACACAGACUCCUUCACGGCCGAAGAAGAGCAGCAAGACCGGAAUAUCUGGGGUCAGUUUUCGUAUUCGCACAAGCCUAAUCCGCAUAUCUCGCUUUCCGACCACGAGGAUUUCGAAAGCACGCUCGCGUACGCUCUAUCAGCCGGUAAAGUCCCCGAAGACGACUCUACAGCCGAGUCUGCGACCGUCCCGCCGACGUCGUCCGAGCUGGCCGAGGCAGCGACAGACAGCGAAGGUCCGUACGCUGUGUUGCUGACCGCGCUGCGGACGAUCGAAGACUACGCGCACGAGAUUGAUUUCGGCAUCAAGCUGGCUGAUCCAGAGACCGUCACUGACUUCCUCGCUAUCCUGGGCUCACACCCACACGCGCCAGUCCGAGCACUUGCCGCGCGCGUGAUUGGCUCGUCGUUGCGAAAUAAUGCGCCGGCACUAGACAUCGCCGCGCCAGCCCGCGUGGUGAGCUACCUUCUCUCUGCUUUAGAGUCCGAGAACGACGCAGAAGUCCGCAAGCGAAUCAUGUUUGCGCUCGCGUCUUCGAUCCAUGGCAGGUUUGGACGCCAGGAGUUCUGGAGCCAAAACGGCGGCGAGAUAUUACGUCGCAAGUUCUACACCGAUGGGGUAGGUGAGGAUUACAUGGGCCGAUGCGGCACUUUUGUCGAGGACUCGUUCGUCAACAGCGAGUCAGAGUCCUCGUCUGCGUCCCAGGCAUCGAAUGAGAUUCAAAAGGAAAUGGGUCUCUGGUGCGCUGCGUUCCAGGACGCGCUGUCGCAGGACAAUAUCUCGAGCACAGACGCGCGCGACAAGAUAUUCUCUGCCCUAUCGGCUAUAAAAUCAAAGUACCCCACAUACUGCCCAGUCCAAGACUCAUUCAGGGCCUGGAUCGCGGCAAAGGUAGACCAGCGCGCGGCUCUGAAACAGCGGUAUCGAUCGGAUGCGGGAGCAGCUGAGAAGGCAGACGAGUUGCCAAACUCCGGUUUAGCUACGCGGGAUGAAGAUGGAGAGGUGUCUGGGGCCGAGAUGGGAUUUUUGGAUAAGUUGUUUGUUUCGCGACAUUCUUUGUUUGGAAAUCCAAAGGCGAUGAGAAAGGCUUUUGAUGACGAGUUGUGAUCUGAGAGAUCCGCCUGUAAUUGUACAUAGAUAUAUGAAGGACAUG